AUGAAAAAAAAUGCAUACCUCAUCCUGGUUUACGGCAUUUACUCCAUUAUCAUGUUUUCUCUGUCCCUAAGAAUGCAAAAAAAUAUAUUCAAGUACAUAACUCCCAUUUCGAAGAGACUGAAUUUAAGCAAAUUUCGGAGAAUCAAAAUUUUCAGGAGGAGGAGUCAGCGCAAGAGGGUGAACGUCUUCAACGAUGUUGUGAAUAAGUAUAUAGGACUGGAUCUGUUCUUCAGAAAGCUGAACGAUGUAACAGACACCCGGCAAAAGUUGAACUACAUAAACUUCCUGCACAAAAUUGUGGAGGACAAGACAUGCGAGCACCUGCUCUUCUCCAACAACCACAUAAGGACAAUUAUAUACAUACUGAAUGAAAGAUUUUUAAUCAUAAAAAAAAACGAAGAUAAAAAUGAACCAGUGGAUUAUCAGAUCAUAUACAAACUCUUACUCAUAUUUAACAAUUUAUCCAAGCACAAAAAUUUCUACCGAAUUAUUGUUAAUGAUUUCACACAUAAAAAUGUGAAAAUCUCUCUUCUGUAUAUUAUUAUGAAUAUACUUAAUGAGAAGGAAGAGACAGGUGAAACUUAUAAAGAAGCCAAUUCUUUUUUUAGUUACUUCAUAUCCCUUUUUAAAAACAACUCAGAUGGAACCAAGAGCCAGCAUGUGGAAGACCUCCCUGAAGGGGGAGAAACCCAGGAGGCAAGAGAGAAGAAUCAAAUGAAGAAGGAAGAUAUAGAAGAAAUGAAAAAUAAAAUAGUUUCUCUAGGUAAACAUAUACUGUUAAAACUCAAGGAAGAAAAAUUGAAGGAAGAGGGAAAAUCCAUAAAAUAUAACCUAACUAAUAAUGGAGAAAUCCUUACGAACGUGCCAUAUGUAGAAGGGGAUUUCCCUGCACAGAAUGUGGAUUAUACAUCGGAGAAAAAUCGCAAAGAAUAUGCCAACAAUGUAUAUGACGGCGUAAAUUCUCAGUUUGUCCAAGACGGUACCAUGAGGGGGGAAAUUCCCACUGAGGAUAAUAAAGAAGAAGAAAUAUUGGACCAUACGAAAGAGGACAACCAAAUGGGGAGCUCUAAAAAGGAUAGUUGGGCUGGAAAUAUUUCCGGCCAUGGUGAUCCCCACAAAGGGCAGAAUUCAUUUACACAGAGCAAUCGCUGGGAUGUGGAAGGCCAAGAGAUAAAGAGCGCACAGACGGUAGGCGUCAGCACAGAUAACGUCCUCUUCGUCCCCUUCUACUUCAACAAAAACGCAAAGGACAAUAUUCUAACGAGCGUACUAGUGCAGUUCCAAAACGAAAAUGAUGUCAUCGUGUAUAAGAGGAAGGCACGUAAGGGGAAUCAAGACCAAGGAAGCGAACAACUCUCCCUGGAAAAACUCAGAAAAAAAAACAUCUUAAGCAAUCCAAACAGCCUGAACAACGUAAGCAACAUAAUACAAUGGAUAGGAGAGGAAUACAACUGCAACAACUAUUUUGAUGUUUACGAAAAUUACGCAGAAGACGAUGUAGACAUAUUGAAGUAUGAGAAGAACCAGAGCGGGAAGAGGUUCCACAUCAGGGAGGGCAGAGGUGAUAGGGACGCAGGGGGUGAAGACAAAACGAAUGUUGUAGACGAUGUGCAUGAAGAGGGGAGAGAAGUGGAAGACGAAAUGGAAGGAGAAGAAGAAAUACAUGAGGAAGAAGAACAACAAGAAGAAGUACAAGAAGAUGAAGAAAUAGAAAAUCAAGAGGAAUAUGAAGAAGAUUUACAAAACGACAAACAAGAGGAGAAGGAGGAAGAUGAAAUAAAUUCUGAUCAAAAAAAAGUAAACGUCAUUUUGACUGAUUAUAAUGUGGAUAUUAAAGAUGUUGAAAAUAAUCCGGAUCUUAAGGUCAAUGGGGGAACUGAAAAUAAAAGCCGCUUCCUAAAUAUGGGCUUAUUAAUACUGAUAAGGAAAAAUGAAAAUGGAAAAGAGGACAGAUGGGCAAGUUUAAAUAUGAGGGGAGAUACAGUAGGGACGGAAAUAUAUGGGGCUCCUGGAAUGGUGUCAAGCGGCCCGUCUAUGAACACUGAUAACAUUGCGGCAGAUACCCCAUAUAAGGGAAGCAUACCAAGAGAGCAGAUUUGUACAGAAGGAGAACCUCGACGGGGGGUGGAAUCAGUGGAGGGGUACGAAGAAAUAUACGUCAAACGCAAAGAAGGGGAAGAUGCUCCAAAACCGGAGAAAUACGUCUUAACAGGGUUCAUACAGCUAAACAUGGAUUUGUUGAAAAAUUUUAAAGUAAGCAGUGAGGAUAAGGAUGGAAGGGAAACUAACCCUAUGCAUAUUAACAAUCCCUACCUGAAUUUCUCCCUGGUGGAAAAUUACAUCGAAUCGCUAUUCAAACACAUCGAUCUGAACGAUUAUUUCACAAACAAGCUACUAAAAUUACUGUAUGAAAUAUUAUCGGAAAAUAAAAAUUCCCUCGUGUACAAUUUGUACUACUACACUAUUAUGAAGAAAGACAAUAUGAAUAAGAUUAUAAAAAUACUCUCAAAAAAUGUACAGAAUAAUUUAAACCGAGCAAAUAUCACGCUCAUCCUGAGGAUCCUCUACAUCCUCUCGUUCCAUCAAGCUUUCUACAGAAAUGGAUUAAACAGCCUAAAGAGGAAUAAAAACUACACCCUUCUCUAUGGAAAUGUAGCGAAAUAUAUAGAAGACAUAAAAACGGGAAGCUUUAUCAAGGAAUUGCAGAAGUGGGAUAAACUGAUCGAGUGCUUAAAAACGUUAACUCUGUUUUUCGAAAGUAAGUAUACAAAUCAGAACUCGCUUUACAUAUCUGAUGAGAAGAAGGAGCAGUUUCUCUUGGAUAAUAAAAUUUUAAAAAAAAAAUUAAACAACAUUUAUAAUAGGCAUUUUAUUUGCGAAUAUAAAGAUCUGGUCAUUAUUCGGAAAACAAACAUUUUGCUUAAAGCGCUGGGGGUGAAUAUGUUCGACCUGUACAAUGAUAUUGUUUUUUUGGAUAGGGAAAAGAAGCCCCAUGAUUAUUUGAUGAAGGAAAGUGAACAGCGGAGGGGUCUUUUCCAUCACCUGUGGAAUUCCCUUUGGGGAUAUUUUGCCAAAGCGAGGAGGUACAUGGGUAGACAGGCUGUGGAGGAGUUUCCCUUCGUGGAAGAUUCCAAGAGGGUAGGCCCCAUUGGUGAGACCUCCGGUGAAGGUGUCCGUGGGAAUGUUCCAAUUGACCGGGUGAGUAACCGAGGGAGUGCCUUCCCUUCAGAAGCACAAACGCAUGGAGAGGGCGCACACACACAGAACGGAAGCAAUCCCGCUAAAGACACACAGGAACAAAGGAACAGGAAGAAGAGAACAUAUAUUUAUGACCUGAACAACAAGGAACACAUAAGUAUGGAUAAAUUUCGAAACCUAGUAAUCGCAUUGAAAAAAAAAAAAAAAAGAAAAUUAAGGAUUUUAUGUCUAGAUGGAGGAGGAAUCCGAGGUCUCCUCUCCAUAGAAAUAUUAAAAUGUAUAAAUAGCCAUUUGAAGAAAAACAUAUUUGAAUAUUUCGACAUCAUCUGUGGUACCAGCACAGGAGCCAUCAUAUCCAUAUUGAUAGGUCUGGAGAAGGCCCACUUAAAUGAAGUCGAAUUUUUGUAUAAUCUUCUGAUUAAUAAAAUAUUUCAAAAGGAUACCUAUGCAGUGAGGAACACAAGAUAUUUGUUUAAGCAUUCUUAUUAUGAUGCCAAUAUUUUGAGUAAUAUUUUAAAUUCCUUUUUUAAAAAUAUGAAAAUGUUUCAUUACAACGCAGAUUUUUUCACGCCCUACGUCUUUACCGUCUCGACCCAGAUGAAUGUCACUCCUCUGCAACCCGUGAUAUUAAAAAAUUACACUGCCAACUUAGGGAAAAUAAAAGGUGAUAAGGAGGAGGCCGAUGUGUGUGACACACACACGUCAAGCAAUUAUGAUCAUGUAGGGGAGAGGGAAGAGCAAAAUGAAGUAGAAGUGGGCGACGAAAGGUGGGCACUGGGACAACACAACCAGAUAUGGGACGACCAACAGAACGACACGAAAGAUGGGAAAGAUGCGAUAGAUGCGCAGGAUGAGAAAGGAGUAAACAUUUCAGACAAAGUCAACCUGCACACGAAUGACAUCUACGUUAACCAAAAUAUAAACAGCGUGAGUAUUUAUAAAAGUUUUUACAACAUUUUUGUAAAGUACGUAUUGAGGUGCACCACUGCUGCUCCUGGGUUUUUUAACUUCUUCUCCUUCGACAGUAACAUAUAUGCCGAUGGGGCCAUCUGCUUUAAUAACCCCACCCUGGUAAGCCUCAACGAAAUGAAGUUAAUUUUUUACAACUAUCUGAACAGUCGGAAAGAGACCCUCCUUGAUAAAGUAAAAUGUUUUUUCUCCAAAAAAAAAGAAUUGGUGGAAGAAAAAAAUAAAGCAAUCAAUCUGAAUGACUACAUUGACUGCAUCGUAAGCGUCGGCACUGGAAAAUUUAAACCGAAAAAUAUAAACGAACUGAACGAAAACAAAACCUCCGACACAUUCCUGCGGUGGGAUGUUCUGUUAAAACAAAUUGUGUACUCAAUCACCAACACGGAGUUGACGCAUGAUAUCUGUAACAACGUACUGGAUAAAAAUAAAUAUUUUCGAUUCAACUGUUUCAUUAAUAAUAUUAAGUUGGACGAAACAUCUCCAGAAAUUAUUAGCAAGUUGAAGCAAAUUGGGAAGAGGUACUUUGAGGAUCAUGCUUACAAUCAGAAAAAGCUUAUCCAAUUGGUUGACAUUUUGGAGGACAAGAGAGAUGUCAAGGAGUACCAACAGAGACAAAGGAAGAUAUGGGGGGAGUCCUAUCUUGAUAAGAUGAAAUCCAAAAUUUCUGGAUUGCUUUUCCCCAAUGGGGGAUCAAUGGGUGGGCAGGUUGGAAGCACCGAUCAAAAGGAAGGACAAGUGGCCCCUUCAUCUCAUCACGUUAACACAGAGAAGACAGGAAAACAGAUGAAUACACAACCGAAUGAACAAUCGAAUACACGAAGCUCCGCCCCGUAUCGAAACUUCAACUUCGGCUUCGUCGAAGAAGACGAAAAGUUUGACCUAAACAACAUCGAAGAAAUUCUAGAUAUCAUAAACAAAAGUAACAACUCCGGUAGUAGCACAACCACCAACACCUCAAACGGGUUCUUCCACUACUUCACCAACCUCUUCCAAAACAAUAAUAAAUUUCUCAAGAAGCUAGAGAGUGUGCACAAAAAUAAUUUCUUCACUAGAUCCAACAGAGAAAAAAACAACUACGUCAAUGUCGUACCCCUUACAGGCAUUCGUGUAUUACUAAACGAAAUAUAUUUUAUCCUUUUGAAAAAAAAUUUAUAUUUCCAUACCGAUGAGUGCUUCUCUAAUGUUGAAGAAUUGAAUAAAAAAAAUUACGACAUCAACAUUGAUAAAAUGAUUCCAUACAAUGUGGCUAACUCCCAAGGGGGAAAGGAAAAAAUCGAUCAUCCUAAUGUUCCGAGGGACAAGACACAAGAGCAGGAUGGAAGCAUCCCGUCAGAUGAUUCUCCUACUAAUGAAGAAGUUACAAAAAAUGAAAAGCAUUCGAAUGACACACAGAGGAGAAAGAAGAGUGUGAAUAAUUCUAAGGAAUUCACAUCUGAUGAAGACCUGGACGAAGAUAAUCAUCCAUAUAAACCUAAAGGACCAUCCAGUGGUCCAAAUUCGAAAAAAAUCAAUGACUCCAACAAUUCAGCAUUUAAUGGAAAACACACAAGUUAUGAAGACGAAGAAAGUUACGAUCUAUCUGAUGGUACACAGAAGGACGACCCCCUACGUGAAACACUUUUAAGGGAUGAAAAAAUGAACACGUCAGAUAUGGUGGAUAAUUCAUCCAUAAAUAAAAAAAGGCUUUUCAAAAAAGAUGUAAAUAUGAACCACAUAAACUACAAAUUUUUUAAAUCCAUGAGCACAGAGACAACUGAUGGGAAGAAGCAGAAUAUAAUAAACAUAUUGCGAAAUGUAUUUUUUAAACGGGAAGCGUAA